GUGUCCUGUGUAAUGUCAGUGAAGAGCGCGAGUACCCGGCUUGUAACCCUCGCGAGCUAUUGCAGAGCUGCACUUCUCCCAUGCCGUCUCUCCCGAGCACUUCUCCAAACCGGCGCGACAAGCAUCACCGUUUUGGACAAGCAAUCUGAAUCACGUAUCACUACUUCGAGCUCAUCGUAAGAACGCUCAAACAUGGACGAAGACAUCUUCAACGAGCUGCUUGCCACUGCCGACGAAACUGACGAGGACGACGAUGAUGACGUGUCGGAAGAUGGGCGUUCGCCCGCGCAAAGUCACGCUGUACCUGCCAACCAAGCACCCGAGCCCUCGCAAGCGCCGCUGCCUACUCUGCCGCAACAAGGUCCAUAUCCACCAUCAGCACCGGAGGCCCCGGCUCAGCCUCAGCAAGGCCCGCAUCCACCUUCUGUACAGCCUAACCAGUCAAGCAGUACUACCGCCGGAGGCAAGCAGCCACGCACGAAACCGAAACCGAACGUGAACAGCGUAGCCGCAGCUAGUGUAGUGGCCUUGAAGCAGAGACAUCAUCAGCUAGCUCAGCAGUUUGCCACAUUGAACCCCGACAUGCCGCCCAUUCUGCUUCAGAAGAAGAUUGCUUUGAUCAACCGCAAGGUCGGUGCGCAGGGUGAACGCUACCGGCCUACGCUCGAAACGAAGAUUAAGGCGCUCGAGGAGAUGAUUGCGGGUUCGCAGUCAUCAACUAUUAGAGGGGCACUGGUGUCCUUCACUUGUGGUCCUGGGCCUGGCGGCUAUACCGGUGCGUAUGGGCCCUAUGGUCCGUUUGGCAGUGGUAUGGGAGGGUUUGGUGGCUUUCAGGGCCCUUGGAGCGGGCCCGAGGCUGCUUUUGACAGGCUUACCGAUGUGCAUCACUGCGUUGGCCGCGCACUUGGCGGGUAUGGACUGUCUAAGGCGGGCUCAAGGGGUAAAGGCAAGUCCGAUUGCAGUCACCGUUGCAGCCUCAGUUUCGGAGCGUCAUCACAAAAGUAAUGGUUGAUAUGGUGGGCAAUGUAGCACUGAGGGAGAGGAUUGGUGGCGC